UACAACUAACCUAACCUAGCAUCGCGACAAAGUAGAUCUGAAGAGUACCCUCUUCCCUCCCGAAUUACCAAAGUUUGAGAAAAAUCAAUCAAAAGCCCAACUUCAACUUGUUUCCAAAUUUGAGAAAUCUCCGAACUUUUUCCCCAAUCAAUUUUGGGGGAGUUCGGGAUUUUUUUUCUCGAAAAUUGAAUUAACCCCUGAUUUCGUCCUGCUUCCGAUGUCUUUAACGUCAAAGCUGAAUGCCGUUGCCCCACGGAUUGAUGAGAGAUGAGAGAACGUGUGGGACUUGGAUCACAAAUGACAAGUGAGUUUCCAUGCCUCAUUGGUAAGUGCUACAAGAUCUCGUACAUUGAACCCAUGGUUAUGGAUCCGAAUCCAUUAGUAUGGAACAUUUUCUUUUGCAAGUGAAAUCCCCCAUCAAAAUCUCUACUUGUCUCUCCUCAGAUUCUCAGCACAUGGAACAUGAGAAGGUACCCUUUACGAGAACAGAGUCUCAGGAAAUUGAAAUCCCAACGGUCUCUGAAGGCAUUGAUACUCUUCCUGUGCCACCACAGUUGCGUCCCUCCUCGUGUGUCUGUGUUUUCUCCAAAAACGAGCAUUGUAGUUUGGAUUCAAAACAGCGGUCAAAGUCAGCUACAAAACUCUCUGGACUCGUUGUCGCGUCUCUCUUGUUUAUGGUUGUAGAAAUUAUUGGUGGUGUCAAAGCCAACAGCCUUGCAGUACUCACAGAUGCAGCCCACUUGCUCACUGAUGUUAUUGGAUUCUCUAUUGCUCUUUUCACAGUAAUGGCUUCAGGUUGGGAGGCAACAUCGUACCAGUCUUUCGGAUAUCACCGUCUUGAGGUUUUGAGCGCCCUUUUCUCUGUGCAGCUCAUAUGGCUGGUCUCUGGGAUCUUGAUCUAUGAAGCAGUCAACAGGAUCCUUCACAACAAGGAAAAGGUGAAUGGGCCACUCAUGUUUUCAGUCGCAGCAUUUGGGUUUCUUGUCAACCUUAUCAUGGUCGUGUGGCUUGGUCACGAUCACACUCAUCAUGCAUGUGGAGGCUUAGGUCAAGACCAUCUCCAUGAUCACAAUCACGAUCAUCAUCGUGGUCAUAAUCGCGAUCAUCAUCAUCAUGGAAGUCACGAUCAUAACCAUGGUCAUAAUCACGAUCAUCAUAAGGAGGAAGAAAGUGCAAUACUUGAAGAGGACAAAACAAGUCUGGUGUCAAAUUCUGUGGAGAAGACUAAAAUAUUAAACAUAAAUAUCCAAGGAGCCUACUUGCAUGUCAUCGCCGAUAUGAUUCAGUCCGUUGGGGUGAUGAUUGCUGGAGGCAUCAUAUGGGCAAGGCCAGAUUGGUUAGUAGUCGAUCUUAUCUGCACACUCAUAUUUUCUGUUUUUGCUGUCAGCACAACUAUAUCGAUGCUCAAAAAUAUAUAUGGCAUAUUGAUGGAGAGAACGCCAAGCGAGAUUGAUAUCACCGGGCUAGAAAAGGGCAUCAAGUGCAUCAAAGGGGUUCAGGAAAUUCACGACCUACACGUUUGGGCGCUAACGGUUGGAAAAACAGUUUUGUCUUGCCAUGUAACGGCUGAGCCUGCAGUAAGUUCUAGUCAGAUAAUUGACGAGAUUAGGGAUUACUGUGAAAGUACUUACAGAAUACAUCAUGUAACUAUACAGAUUGAAUAGUAGACUGCAAUAAGUUUACCACCAAUCAUGUUGACUUCUUGUGCAAGCAAUUGAAAUGUUCGCGUC